AUGGCACUCAAUAGGAAGUACGCAGCGCUUCCAGACCUGGAUUCCGCUCCAGAUAUCUAUGAAACCCCGGAGCUCACAGACGAUAACUCUACGGUUCCCACGACCGCUGCCCCAACCCACUCAGACGAUGAAUUCUACGAUGUUGAGGACGAAAAACCUGGCAUCUCCAGAUCCCGUUUACGAAUCGAUGAAGCUCGCUCUCGAUUUCUCCCUUCAAAUGUUGACGCGAAUGGAGUGGACUUUUCAGACCGAGUUGAUGGCAAACGCAAGUCGUACAAAGCCUCCAGCCGAAGACAACGUAUACAGCAGGACGGCACUCUAGAGCUUGGCGACCUUUCAGAUGACGAUGACGACGAGAGCUUGGAAAGACGAAUUGCGCGCUUAAAGCGCGAGGUGGAAGAGGCAAAGACCGAAUAUUUGAAGCGAAAGACCGAAUCACAGAAACAGGAAGACGACGAUGAAGUCGCCAGCGACGAUCGAUUGAUCUCUCUUAGCCAAGUCCUUGACGAGAUAUCAAAACCUACAGGCCACCCAACAUCAGUUCGGAUUCCAAAGAUAGCCACUCCUUCAAGCCCAGAAGAGAAACCCGAGGCACCAUCAGGGGAUGAUGCGACCUACACUGUGACAUAUGCGCCAACAUACGAACAAAGCCAUGCUCUGGCUAAGGCGACUGACUUUGACCGUCGACUGUUGAUGUUGGAGAAGGGCUUGGGUAUCAACGCUUCACUGCUGCCAGAGGCUGGUGCUGAUGGCCUCCCUCGCGCAAUCCUACCAACUCUGGACUCCAUGAACAAGCAAAUCUCCACUUUGUCCGAGGCUUCCACUGCAAAUUUAGAUGCGAUCAGUCGACGAGUCCGCACACUGGCUCAAGAACAAGACAAACUUAACGACUCCCGGGAGAAAGCCAAAUCUCUGAGAGAAGAGCUUGGCCGGAACGGCUCUGCAGCCCAACCUGAAGAGUCUGAGCAGGAAGCUAAAAUCAACGCUCUUUACGGAAUUCUCCCUACAAUCGAGAACCUGACUCCUAUACUCCCACCCCUUCUGGGCAGAUUACGAUCCCUCAGGGCAAUUCAUGCGGAUGCUGCAACUGCCAGCGACACAUUGGCUCGCAUUGAGAAGCAGCAGGCAGAGAUGGCUGCAGAGCUAAAGCAGUGGAACGAGGGCCUGGCCAAGAUUGAAACGGCCAUAAAGGAAGGAAAUGAUUCUGUUGAGAAGAAUAAGCAAGUUAUGGAGGAAUGGGUCAAAGACCUGGAAGAGAGGAUGGAGGAUUUAUGA